UUGGGAGAGAAGUUCGGUGUGUGCGGAGUGUGAGAGCGCUAGGGGGGCGGGGGCCGGGGUCAGUCGUGUGGUGAGUUGCGUCGACGCGUGAACAGAUAGAGACCUGCGGGCCCGACAGCCACGGCUCUGGGCCCUUGCUGACCCACUUGACCCCAGAUGCGCGGGGGGAAGAAGCCCCUCUCGCCGGGGGAUGCUGCGGGAUUGCGGGCGCCGGGCACCUGGGACGCCCGCUAAGCCCUCUGUGCCUAUCCUGUACCCCUGGGAAACGGAGGUCCGGCCGCAGGGAGGGGGCUACAGGCCCCGGGCCCGAGGGCAUGGAGCGGCUAGGGGAGAAAGCCAGUCGCCUGCUGGAGAAGUUAAGGCUCUCGGACUCCGGCAGCGCCAAGUUCGGCCGCAGAAAGGGUGAAGCGAGCCGGUCUGGGUCUGAUGGAACUCCGGGGCCGGGAAAGGGGCGCCUAAGUGGGCCGGGGGCACCCAGGAAAUCAGGGCCCCGAGGAGCUGCUGGGGGACCUGGGGAUGAGCCACUGGAGCCGUCUCGGGAGCAAGGCCCCCUGGACUCUGAGCGGAAUCCGCGCAGCUCGUUCGAGGCGCAGCGCUACGAAGGCUCCUUUCCUGGGGGGCCGCUGCCCACCCGGGCCUUGCCUCUACCUCAGUCAUUGCCUCCCGAUUUCCGGCUGGAGACGACGGCACCGGCCCUAAGUCCCCGCUCCAGCUUCGCCAGUAGCUCAGCCAGCGACGCGAGUAAGCCGUCCAGCCCCCGGGGCAGCUUGCUGCUGGACGGGGCGGGGGCCGGUGGAGCCGGAGGUAGCCGGCCCUGCAGCAAUCGCACCAGCGGCAUCAGCAUGGGCUACGACCAGCGCCACGGGAGCCCCCUGCCCGCCGGCCCGUGCCUGUUCGGCCCACCCCUGACCGGGGCUUCGGCAGGCUAUUCCCCCGGAGGGGUCCCGUCCGCCUACCCCGAGCUCCAUGCCGCCCUGGACCGACUGUGCGCUCACCGGCCCGCGGGUUUCGGCUGCCAGGAGAGCCGCCACUCGUACCCCCCGGCCCUGGGCAGCCCGGGAGCUCUGACCGGGGCCGCAGCGGGAGCGGCGGGGCCCCUGGAAAGACGCGGAGCGCAGCCCGGACGACACUCAGUGACUGGCUACGCGGAUUGCGCCGCGGGUGCCCGUUACCAGGAUGAGCUCACAGCCUUGCUGCGCUUGACGGUGGGCAGCGGCGGGCGAGAAGUCUGCGCCCGAGGGGAACCUCCGGGGGUAGAACCGUCGGGGGCCGAGGAGCCGCCGGGUCCUUUCGUUCCGGAGGCCUCCCGAGCCCGGAUGCGGGAGCCAGAGGCCCGCGAGGACUACUUCGGCACCUGUAUCAAGUGCAACAAAGGCAUCUAUGGGCAGAGCAAUGCCUGCCAGGCCCUGGACAGCCUCUACCACACCCAGUGCUUUGUUUGCUGCUCCUGUGGGAGGACGUUGCGCUGCAAGGCUUUCUACAGUGUCAACGGCUCUGUGUACUGUGAGGAAGAUUAUCUGUUUUCAGGGUUUCAGGAGGCAGCUGAGAAAUGCUGUGUCUGUGGUCACUUGAUUUUGGAGAAGAUCCUGCAGGCUAUGGGCAAGUCCUACCACCCAGGCUGCUUCCGAUGCAUCGUUUGCAACAAGUGCUUGGAUGGUGUUCCCUUCACAGUGGAUUUCUCCAACCAGGUCUACUGUGUCACCGACUACCACAAAAAUUAUGCCCCUAAAUGUGCAGCCUGUGGCCAACCCAUCCUCCCCUCUGAGGGCUGUGAGGACAUCGUGAGGGUGAUAUCCAUGGACCGUGAUUAUCACUUUGAGUGCUAUCACUGUGAGGAUUGCCGGAUGCAGCUUAGUGAUGAAGAAGGUUGCUGCUGUUUCCCUUUGGAUGGGCACUUGCUCUGCCAUGGCUGUCACAUGCAACGACUCAGUGCCCGGCAGCCCACUGCCAACUAUAUCUGAGCUGCACUCACUGCUGCCAUCAUCACCGCCAUGGACAAACUCCCCUGGCCAGUGGGCCUCUCAGAGGCCUGCCGAGGCAAGGAAUGCACUCUGCAAUCCUGGCAGAAGAGUCCUCUGGGGAGGUCCUAAGGGCCAGAGACCCAAAGAUCCUAACAUUCCAAAUGGACUAGAGAAACCCUCUGAUCUCCAGGGUGGGGGGGAUGACAGGCUUUCCAUGUGUGUAGCCUGGGCUGUAACAUAUCUCCAGGUACAUACAAGCAGGUUCCAGUACUUUCUACAUAUCUGAUUCUGGUCUUUAUCUCCAAUGUAUAUGCAUAAGUUGAACAAUGUUCUGGCUGUGGAUCACAAGAGAAGAGGACAUUAUGGAAGCGCCCACAUCAUGUUGUACCCCACACAUGGCAUCAGACAUGGACUCAGCUAGGUAUUUACCAAUGUCCUGUCUGUAUCUGGAAACCCUGGACUUUCUAAAUGGCCUUUUAAGAACGCUUUGCAUCCCUCUGCUGGGAAUGUUGCCCAGCUCUGGGUGGGCCUGCUGCCUGUGUUGCCUGUUUCUCAGGGAAUCGUGGGCCUGGGGAGGCUGUUUCCUCCUCUGCUCAGUUGUGGAGGUCAUGAGUGGGUCUCUGGGUAUAGAGCUUGCUGGAUGGGAUGUCUAGGAAGCUGCAAGCUAGCCUUAUUCCCAGCUGUAGGUGCACUGAGCCCUAUAGCCAGUAUAGUAUUUGUGGUACAUUGAUAUGCGUGUGCACACUCACUCUCUUCUUCUCAGGUCAGUCUUAUGCUUAGUUCCCUAGCAGUAGCUUUACACUCAAGAUCUACCUGCUCUCACAGGGAUCCGGAGUUAACCUCCACUGCAACCCCAGAAUACUUGGAUUGGGCUGAAACUUGAACUCACCUAAAGCUAGAUGUCUUUUAAAAACAACAAAAAAUAAAACAAUGCACUGAAAACAUGCUUAAAAGUUUUAGUUCUCUGAAUGACCAAUUUGUCAAAAGCUUAAUUCUCUUUGGGGGGGGUAUUUUUAUAUCCAUUUGGGCAUUCUUUUCUCUAUUUUAAAGAUUUAUAUCUACUCAUCCAAGAGUAUCUCUGAGUGAGUUUCUGGCAUCAUAAAUUUAUCAAAUUUGCAGCACUUUGUAAAUGAUGAGAUUGUUUCCUACCUUUAUGGGUGUCUUUUCCUAUGUCAUCUACUUUAAAAACACUUUUUUAAAAAAAAGUUCAAGCUUUAUAGCAAUAAAUACAGUUGAUACAAACA